AUGUUAUCAGCAGUCGACUUUCGAGCUUGUGAAGUCCUCCGUCAUGAUGAUCCGCCUGCUCUCCUCGUCACCGUGGCUGCCGUCGUCGUCGCGGCGCAGGGCGGCGGCGACGCCGAUGGUUGCAGGUAUUACUGCAGGAAGUGGCGGCCGGAGGGAGAAGAGCGGCCCGUGUACUGCUGUGACGACGGGACGGUUAGCGACCCGCCUCCCGAAGCCGAACACAGUGGAGAAUGCCCCGACGUUCGGCGUCACUGCCUUCGCUUCAAAAGACCACCAAAUGUGUGCCCCCACGACGGUUUCUGCCCGUCCAACCAGAAGUGCUGCUGGGACACCUGCUUGGACCAUCAUGCUUGUAAACUCCCUGUUUAAGAGAGGAUUCCAUUCCGCAAGUAGUGACUGAGCCUCCGAUGAUGUCCUUAAUUUGUUGAGUUAAUUGUUCUGAUUUCUGUUUUUGUUUUAUGUCUUGUUUCAAACACGUGAGAGUUAUCAUUUAUGUACUAUUUACAGGCAAUAAAUAACAUUCUUAUGAAAACUC